GUCAUUACCCGCUGUCCUACUUGUACAACAGGACUCAGUAUGUUGUUCAAAUCGUUCCUCCCCACGAUUAUUCUUGCCACUGCCGUCGCUGCAGGACCCCAUGAUGCUCCUCGCCGCCGCCACGCUGGCGUGAGCAGCCUCCAUAUCGAGCUCGACCCCGCUCAGAACGGGACGCUGCUCAAGCGUGGCCAGACUUUCCAGAACGCGCGCUUCAGCAUGUAUUCCCCCGAGACCGGGAACCAGGUCGCCUGCGGAGGCUUUUACCAUAACAGCGAUUGGAUUGUCGCGCUGAACUCUCCGCAAUUCGGGUCAAUCGCUGGGCACAUGUGCGGCCAGCAAAUUACGAUUUCACUCAAUGGUAAGACUGCCCAGGCGACGAUUGUGGACGAGUGCCCCGGCUGCCCGCAGAACGGCCUCGACUGCACACCCGCGAUUGCAAACUUCUUCGGUUUCUUCGACGACCUCGCGUGGGGUAGCUGGAGUGUCGGCGGCGGCAACCCUGCGUCCACGCCCCCACCACCUACGGCGUUUAAGGCGCCACCCACGACAUCUGCACCGCCCCCGCCCCCGCCUCCGCCUCCGCCCCCACCCCCUCCGACGACAUCGAGCAUAGUGCCCACGGUCUCGUCGACCUGGAGCAGCUCUUCCUCUUCGAGCGUCUGGUCGUCCCCGUCUUCCUCGGUCGCCUCGUCCUCGAGCGCCGCUAGCUCGAGCUUCAUCGCGAGCAGCAUUGCCGCAUCAAGCACUGCUGCUGGCGCGUCCUCGACCGCGGCGCCCACUCCGACCUCGAACAUCGCAACGCUGUACGCGAACAUCGUGAACAUGGCGCUCCUCGUGCUUGCCGGUGAGAACGCGCAGUGAUUUGCUCCUCGCAUGCCGCCCCCUCUCCGUUGUGGUUCCUUUAUAAUCUUCAUGCUGUUGAUACCCAUUGGGCGGUGGUUUAUAUGAAGUGUAGCACACGUAGAUGAUACCCUCUCACGUCUCUGAGCUAUUCGCUCCGCUGCUUUCGGCGUUAAUAUUGUGGUAUUUAUGCUAUCUGUUGUGCUCCGUCUGAGUCGCUUUCUGUGCGUGUUACAUACGUUUUGCGGUUUUGAGUCGACCCGAGUCACUUGACAUGUAUAUGCUGGUAUAUGCCGUUGUGACUC